CUCCCUGCGCGCGGCAAGUCUGAACUUCCGCCCUGCAGCUUCCGGCGUGGACUUGUCAUUUGGCGCUUGCUUGCUUGCUUGCUGGGUCGUACUCCUGCCGGCGACUCCUGUUAGCAGAUAUGCCUAAUGUAAAGAAGACUGCUAGAAAAAGAGGUCCUCCAAAGCGGAAACUUGCAGAAGAAUUCCCGCCUGGAGAAAUUUUUACUGACCUGUUAAAGAAAGAUUGGAAACUUGGCCCAGUCAUAGGCAAAGGUGGUUUUGGCUGCCUGUAUCUUGCUGAUGUUAAUUCUUCAAAACCAGUUACCAGUGAUGCACCCUAUGUUAUAAAAGUGGAACCUAGUGACAAUGGACCACUCUUUACAGAAUUAAGUUUCUACAUGCGAGCUGCUAAACCAGAUCUAAUUAAGAAAUGGAUUUCUUCUCAUAAACUGAAAUACUUGGGUGUACCAAAGUACUGGGGUUCUGGCUUGCAUCAAAAGAAUGACAAAAGCUAUAGAUUUAUGGUGAUGGACAGAUUUGGGAAAGAUCUUCAGAAGAUCUUUGAAGAGCGAGGAAAGCAGUUUACACGUAAAACAGUAUUACAGUUGGGGCUGAGAAUACUGGAUGUGUUGGAAUAUGUUCAUGAACAUGAAUAUGUACAUGCAGACAUCAAGGCCUCAAAUCUUCUCCUGGGCUAUAAAGCUCCACAUCAGGUGUACUUGGUGGAUUAUGGCCUUGCAUUUCGAUAUUGUCCAGAAGGCAAUCACAGGGAUUACAAAGAAAAUCCCAAACGCUGUCAUGAUGGAACACUUGAAUUUACCAGUAUUGAUGCACACAAAGGAGUGGCUCCUUCAAGACGAGGUGACUUGGAAAUUCUGGGUUAUUGUAUGAUCUGUUGGCUUAGUGGCAAGCUACCAUGGCAAGACAACCUGAAAGAUCCCAAUUAUGUCAGAGACUCAAAAAUUAGGUAUACAGAUAGUAUCAAAGAACUGAUGUCUGAAUGUUUUCCCGGAAAAAAUAAACCAGAUGAGCUAAGGAAGUAUAUGGAAAAAGUGAUGACUUUGACCUAUACUGAAAAACCACCUUAUGAGGAAUUACGAGAAAUAUUUCUUCAAGGUCUCAAAACCAUUGGUGAGAAGGAUGGUGGCAUAUUGGACAUGGAGGUUUCAGAAAAUGGAGAUGUUCCAGCAAAGCCUGCACUUAAGACUAAAAGAAAACUAGCUGCUGCAUCAAAACCAGCUACCACUGAUGAGGAUGAUACAGAAGCAGAUGAUAUGAAAGAUCUGAAAAAAAGAAAACGUGCAUCACCGAAGAAAGUGGCCACGCAAGCCAAGUUGCCGAAGACCUCUCCCAAAGCCAAGACAAGCAUGAGAGUCGGGAGGAGAGUCCAGAAGUAGAAGAGCCAGAAUAAUAUGUGCUUUCUGCCUUUGCUUGGAUUGUUUUACUUUACAAUAGUAUUAUGCUUUCUUUCAUUUUUGCGUAUGUGCUUAGUGAGCAGACUAUUGCAAUAGUCCUGCCUUCUUUACUAGGUUUGGAGAAAUACAUUUUAAAAUCUUUUUGUAAAGAGUGUGCAGUUCAGUAGGAAUGUUCCCAAAAUUCUUGAUUGUUUUUGUACACUCUUGUAUCAAUCUGUUCAGGAGAGGUUUUUUUAAUCAAACUUGAAUAAAAAUAAAGUCUUAAUAAUAGAGUUUAUAUAUCAUCUGAGGCUGAAGAUGAAA